UGCCAUGGAACAACAUCCAUUGUUUGGAUUGAGUUACGUCUUGGAGGAUCCUCGACAUGUGUCUCUUCACCUUGAGGUAAACCGGGAGGAUAUCUUCGGGAGGAGUGUCCGGGAGCAGUUAGCUAAGAUGCUUAGCAUCCCGAGGUCUAAGCUUCAAACACCUCUAAUGGUCAACUUCAUGGAUGAAACGGGUGUUGACGCGGGGGCUCUGAGUAUGGAUUUUUUCCGGCUUGUCUUUGAGGUACUUCUCGAUCCGAAAAAGAACGAUCUGUUCCGAUAUGUCAAAGAAUUCGACCCGACUCACUCGUCUGUUUGGUUUCGGAAGGACUGUGAGGACUCCGAACUAGCCGAGAUAUGUGGUCUUCUGUUUGGGCUUUCAUUGUACAACAAGGCAAUAGUUGCAUUACCGUUUCCACAACUCCUCUACGCCAAGCUUCUAGAAAAGGGCCCUAACAGUGAUAUGGAGGAAGCAGCAGAGCUCGACAAGGAGUUCGCAGAUCAGAUGUCUAAAUUGCGGACUGGAACAGAAGAUGAAGUGAUGGGGUGUUGUUAUGGUGAUGAGGUUAAACUGGAAGAUGGGAGGAGCGUCGAGGUCACGACAGAAAAUGUUGAUCUCUACGUGGACAACAUGGUUCGAGAGUACCUGGUUCCGUUACAGUUUGCAGCCUUCCAGCGAGGAUUCAACAGAGUCUUCAAUCCCGCCGCCUUUGAUAUGUUCAGACCUAUCGAGUUGGAGGCGCUUGUCAUUGGAGAGAAACACUUCGAUUGGAAAGCUCUUGAGCAGUCUACUCAGUAUAUACAGCCAUAUACAAACUCGCAUCCAACUAUCAAGAUUUUCUGGAUGGUUUUUCAUGCUCUGGACGAUGACAUGAAAAGAAAGUUCCUCGUAUUUGUCGCUGGGUCUGAUCGCGUCCCGGUCGGUGGACUACGAAACCUAGGUCUCCACAUUGACCACCUCCAGGUACCCAUGGACGAUUACGUGGACGAGCAACCGUGCGACACCGGAGACAGACUCACAUGGCUAUUGCCAGUGGGCCAUGUUUGCGAUAACUAUGGCUACCGCCGUACCUUACGGCUGCCUAUGUAUACCAGCCUCGAUCUAAUGGAAGAUCGUUUGGCCGUCGCCCUGUCCUAUUACGACUGCCCAUUUCAUAUCGCCUAGGUUUAUAGGAUAUUUUAUUAUCAUAUUCUAUUCAUGAAUUUUUCAA